AUGUCUGAUGACACUUCGAGCCAAUCGUCUGGUGAUAUUUCCGAGGAGAGAAAUGACUCUCCAGGUCACUCUUCUUGUCAUGAAAAGACUCUCCUCUCGAAAGAUUCUCCUCUCGAAGCGCAAAUGGAGAUAAAGAAGGAAUUAGUAGCAGACGACAGCACAUCGGAAGCAGAUGAGAGAGGGGAACCUUUGUUUGUUUUAAAAAGUUUAAACUGUCCAAUAUGUAAAUUAGAAUGCGGAGGGCAGAGUGACUGGGAUGAACAUAUAGCAAAACAUGGACUCCCACUUAGGUGCUUUUAUUGUCAAGAUGUGUUCCCAGAUGUGAUGAAACUGGGUGAGCAUCGUGGCAAGUGUCCAAAUGGGAAGGAGAAGCUCAGAGGCUGUAGUACUUGUGGUAAGACAUUAGCAAACUUGGAGACACUUUUAACGCACGAGUACUUGGUACACCAGCCAAGUUCAGAACAACGUACGAUUCCACGGGAAAAACAUGCUCCUCGGGAGUCGCGUCAGCAAACAAUGUACACUUGUUCCGUCUGUUACGAGAAACACGAAGGAUUUGAAUCCAUGCAGAACCACUUGAGUAAACAUUUGGAAAGUUUAGGAUCCAGUGGCAAGGAAUUGGAGUGCCAGAUCUGUUCAGUUGUGUUUGUCAGUAGAGCUGCUCUAAGCACCCACAUCAGCUCACCAAGACAUCGUGAGAAGGUCAUGCGAAUUAAGAAUCUCUUCAAGUGUAGCCACUGUGGGACAGUGUUCCCAAGUCGUGAUGGAUAUGCCAUGCAUAUGUUGGACAUCGCCAGAGAAGAAAGUGAGAACGACUUAGCUAGAAAAACAAUUGGGCAUUCCACUACGACGAAUCCCUUGGGGCCACAUGCGGCUGUUGGUGUUACAGGACCGGAUCCAGUGGAGAGCAAUGCUAAAGCAGUUGAGAAAAGUGUUGGAGUAACAAACAGUGAUAAAGUAAAGGUGCCACCCGUCGUUAUUAAACAAGAACCAAUCGACCCGGAUGAUGAACCAAGUGAAAAUGCAGAGUCCGGUGACGGAGGAUCAUCUACGCAAGAGGUGCUUGGCAAAGAGGUGAAAAGAGGCUUGAACAAUAACAUGUUACAGAAUCUGAUGAAUGAUGGAUAUAAAUGUGGUUUGUGUGGGAAGAGACUCGAAGACCAAGAUUCCUUCGCCAUGCACAUGAUGUACCAUGCUCGGACAAUGGAAGAGCAGUCGCAGAAGCAGAGAAUCAUGUCGGGGAAGGUUCCGUCACUGCGGCAAGUGAAACUAGAACCCGGUGAAGGUUCAGAGCCUGGUGAGGAUGAGUCUUAUGCUCAAGCAGUAGGGAUUGUCUGCCCACACUGCAUGGUCACAUUCGUGACCAGGGAUGCUCUAGCCAUGCACACGAUGGAAGAACAUGCUGACAAAGCAUACAGCCAGAAAUCAAGCUUGAAUCGUCUGCUUCGGGUGGGGUUGCAUGGGUCAUCUCUCAAUGUUCCGCAGACAUCGAUAUCCUACCCAUGCCAAGUGUGUGGACGCUCCUUCAAGGAUCAGGACACCCUGGCCAUGCACAUGCUGAUGCAUUCACAGUCAGAGUUACUUCUUUUGGCCCAUAAGCCAUCAUCUACAAUUAACCUGAGCGAGCUGAGUAGGAGUCCAAAGUCGACCCACAGUGGAACAUCACAGUCCGAUGACUGGCAAAAGAGUAUUUUGAAUGCUCUUUAUAAAGACUUACCUGGGAUUCAAUCUGGAAGAUCGAAAACCAGUCAGUUGGAAGUGGAUGUUGGCCAAUCUGAAUGCGCAUCAACCAGAUCGUGCGGGUCAAAUUCAGAUACUUGUCAUAUCCUCUCAUCCAAUACGGAGGCGAAUGGACAUGGUAGACAACGAAGCUGUAGUAUAGAUACUUUGAACUCCGAAAAUCAAAUCGCUGAAGAAUUCUACACUGGCCAGUAUGACAGAAAUGCCAUUACUUAUGACAAGGAGGGUCAGAAAUGGAAUUGCUCUGUGUGUGGUGUGGAAUUCCGAAGUCUCAUUUCCGUCACACGUCAUCUUGGUCAUGUGUCACACAAGCUCGAGAUGGAGAAGAGACUACGUGAAGUCAUGAUGACAGGGAAACCUGCGUGGCAGACGACUGAUUCAUACAGGCAGAUGGGCAUGACUGGUGUCCUUUGCCAAAGGUGUGGGAAGAGGUUCUUGAAUCGAACAGAAUUGGGUGUCCACACGGCAUUACUGUGUCGGGGAGGUGGUCAUCCUCGAUUUGGUGAACACCUCCUGAAUGGGGAAGACUCGCUCGGGGGAGAGGCAAUAGACAUUCAGAUCACUCGACCUCGUUCAACGCAGAGCUGCCAUGAACGUUCAGAAGGAAGAGUUGGACUUGUACGGAAGCGCCGGUGCUCUGAAGACUUGGAACGACUGAAUAAACUGCAACGAAAGCAGUUGCCAUCAAGGCAUACUUCUGAGGAACCAGCAACCCUGUUGGCUGAGAACGGAAAAGCUUACAUUUCUAACCUUGCAUGGAAUUUGAAUAACUCCGGACCAGGGAGAAAGUUUAACCGCCCUGCGUCCAUUGACAGCAGUGUCAGUGACAGGCAAGGGCCAGCCCUUACGGUACUUCCCUCAGGAGUGUCAGAGGCGGAUUCGAACGUGGACAGUGACGGUAACACCGAGAUAAUGGAUUUCAUUCUGAAGCAGAAGGAAUUGUUCAUGUGCAAGUUUUGUAAGAUAGUUUUUACAGAUAAGACAGUGUAUUACUUGCAUAUGGGUUUGCACAACUUGAACAACCCUUGGCAGUGUAAUCUUUGUGGUAAGCCCUGUUUGGAUGUUCAUGAAUUCUCAUCACAUGUUAUACACUUUUAA